CAAACCCACGGAGCUCCUGCGACUCACACUCCGUCCACACUUUGUUCUCCGCUUGCUGUUCUCAACACUAACCGUGAGACGCGCACCAGCCGCGGGCUACCUGUGCUCACUGCGGCCGGGGCCACACGGGGGAGGGCUUGGACUCCUUCCCGUCAUUACCAACCCAGAGGAUCUGCGCUCGGUCCGGGCUUGAGGAGGAGCAGGAGGACGCGCUGAAGAGAAACAGAGAAGUUGGAUGAUUUGAAAGCAGACGAUCUGAACUGAGCUGUAAGUUAGUCAGCGGCUUGCAGGAGGAAUCAUUUUGGAGUCCGAUCUUUGCGCACUUCGCUGUUCUGGAUAUUUACCUCCAGCUGGUCUUCAGCGCAGAAGAAUGGCGAGAGAUUACGCAGCGCGCUGCCGGGGCUCUCCAGGAGGGAACGCCUGGAUGGUGACAGCGGUGAUCAUCCUGGCUGCUCAAGGUGUUGUCGCUCAGAAAGUGCGAGUGGAGCAAGAGUUGGAGGCAUAUCCCACAGAGUCUGUUGAUCUGCGCUGCGAAUUCAUCGAAGGAGGAAGUGUAACCAAGCUCACACAGGUAUCGUGGAUAUGGGAACCAGUUGAUGGCCAGAGGGACAACAUUGCCGUGUUCCACCCGAUCUACGGACGCAGUUUUCCCAACAAUGCCUUUAAGGAUCGAGUUGUCUUUCUCCACAAUGACCUUAAGAUCCCGUCCAUAAGGAUUAAUAACCUCCGCAUGUCUGACGCUGGACGCUACACCUGCGAAUACGCCACCUACCCGUCUGGAAACGAACAAGGAACCACAACACUGAUAAUGCUCGCCAAACCCAAGAACUCGGCCAGAGCCGUGACGGUCCGGGCUGGCAGUAAAUCGGUGGUGGUGGCGGAGUGUGUGGCAGCAGAAGGGAAACCGGCAGCUUCCAUCAAGUGGCUGGCUUCGGUCGGCGGCAACCACUCGACGACCACCACAAACGGGCCGGACGGCACGGUGACCAUCCGCAGCGAGUACAGGCUGGUCCCAACAGCAGCAGAUAACGGCAGAGAGGUGACCUGCCUGGUGGACCAGCGGACGCAGGACCGGCCGUGGGCUGAAAUGCUGAAGCUUUCAGUGGAGUACCCUCCAACCGUCACCAUUGAGGGUUACGACAACAACUGGUACGUCGGUCGCUCUGACGCUGUGCUGUUCUGCCAGGCCAAAGCCAACCCUGAACCCACCACCAUCACCUGGACCACGGCUUCUGGUUCCUUGCCAGAGACGGUGGUGGUGGAGGACAACAAGCUGAUGGUGAGGAAGGUGGAUGACGCCGUCAACACCACCUUCACCUGCGAAGUGAAGAACAAACAUGGCGCCAGCAGACAAACCCUCACCACUUUCGUCAUCGAAGAGAAACGAGAACCUGUUCCGGAGCCUCAGACGGGCGCCGUGGUGGGAGGCGUCCUUGGAACCCUCAUUUUAAUCGGCGUCAUCAUCGGCAUCGUCUUCCUCAUCCGAAAGUUCCAGCGGGACACAGAGGGCCCUCCGAAGCACAAGCCUCCUCCUCCUGUGAAGGCAGGCAGCUCAACGGAGAUGCUGAACAAGCCGUCAGAGCCGCCCACAGCCACUGAGAUUGUGCCUCUGAGCCCAGGAGAGGUUUACUACGAGCCCACAGGGGGAGAGCCUGUCACAAUCAUGGAUGAGGAGGCCACCGAAGCCCUGAACGGUGGAGCCCCUCCUGUCCGGAACAAGGAUGCUGCUGACAGUCACCACGGCAACGAUUCGUCCAACCACGGGCCCUCAUCUGCCAACAUUCCUCGUGGCGAGAGCUUUGUAUCCACCCCCAUGUAUGUGUAACCGUAGCAACAAAACCACCACAUCAGAGGCGGACGGGAAAGUUUCAGGUCACCGAAAUCAGCAAGAAAACAACAGGAGAGACCACGACACCUGUUUCCACUUUUUAUUGUGAAUUUAACCUUUAAAGUUUUAAAGUAACCUGCUUAUGGAUGGUAUUAGAUGAUUUUCUUUCUAAGUGGGAGGCAUGGGUUAAAGUGUAUUCACGUUUCCUUUCAUGUUUACAACUUAGCUGAACUUUUAUUUCAGGAGGAAUUUACAAAGCUCGCUUAACAGAAACAUCAAGCCUUUUAUUUUUCUCAGUUUUUUUUAAAGCUCUUGUGACAUUAAGUUAGUUUAAGUUGCAACCUUCUCAAGCCAGAAAGCCUUUGAAAUCAUAUGUGAUGACGCAUAAGAUGAGGCGGGCUUUAAAAUGCAGUGCUGAUUGUAAUAUAGGCGAACCGGAGCUCUGAUGGGUAACUAAUUGAAAUCCACACAAACACCAAAAACAGCCAGAAAACCACCUAGUUUUGGGUUUAACAAAGUGUUUUAUGCAACAUUUGUGCCAUGACUUUUAACUUCACAGAAUUGUUAUUAAUGUAUGAGAGGGAGCUCGUCUGUUUACAGCCGUGGGACAUAGUAGUUAGUAGUUUUUUUUUUUUUUUUAGAAUACUUUAAUCCAUUUUAAUUCCAACUUCUGUUAUUGGGAAACUUCAGUUAUUGGGAAACUUCAGUUAUUGGGAAAGUACAUCCACCUCUGAUCUGUUCUGAAAACAGAAGCUUUCACAUUCCUGCCUCAGCAACACACUGACGAACAAAGCCAGAAAGUAUUCACACCUCUUUAGUUCUUUCUUUAUUAAGAUCUCCAUUCAGACUUUGUUUCCUUAUUGUAAAAACUUAAAAAUAGCCCUUAAUCACAACUGAAAACAUGCUUAAAGUUAUGUCUUUGGAUUUUUUUUUUUAUCUAUAAAAUCAUUUCAUCUUAAGUAUUCACACUCAAGGAUCUUUGCAUACGCUAUUUGAUGUUUUUCUACUCAUUUCACUGAAGAUCCUCUUAUAAUUGGCCAUGUUGGAUUGGUAGAGACAGGUUGGGCCAAUCAGGAGCAUUUACAGCUGCUCUAUGCCCUCCUUUGUUCUCCUGUCUGUACGCUAUGGUCACUAUCAUGUUAAGAGAUGGAUUGUAGCUAAUCGUAAUCCUCCCACCUUGCAGACUAGCGUUACCCACUGCAGCAUGUUUACAGACAAAUCUGUGGACUUUCUUGCUUGGUUUCUGAGCUGCCAUCUGUGAGAUCUUUUAUAAAUAAAUGCAUUACAUCCAAGUCAUGCUCAGGCUACUAAGUUUCUAAUUAAGCUGCAGGUUUUUCAAGGUAGAUCAAGGGAAAGCAGAUGCAUCAUGGCUCAGUUACUGCUAUAGUUUGCAAAAAUGACUAAAAACAUGUUUUAGUUGGUCGUCAUGGGCUAUUUUGAGUUUUUAAGAAAACAAUUCACAACUUUGAAAUUUCCUAAAAUGAGCCUCUUAUAUAACAAAAAGUAGAAAAGUUAAUGUUCUGGCGGCGCUGCUGUCUGAACAGCGGAGGCUUCGUUAGCACGAACAAAGGGGACAAGACAGAAUUGGAGGCUCUGUAACCUGGCAACAUCACGUAAUUAAGAUGCUGUGAUCCGUAUUGGCUGUGUUAAUUGCACAAGCUGGUGGCAUCACAGCUGUGUAAAUCAGCUUGCAACAAUAAACACAACAGGGUUAGUAGAAAUUCACAAGCUGUCACACAAAGACACUGUUUUUUUGUUCCCCCUUCAUCAAAGUGUUGUGAACUAUUUUUAAAAGAUAUACAGAACAUUUGCCAUCAUGUGUAAGAGUUUAGUACAUAUUGGAGAAACUGCCAUUACAAUCAUUGCAACUAUUUGACAUGAUCACACAUUCGGAUGUGUGCAGAUCAUUUUUGCAUUUUAGCUAAUAAGGGGGACAAAAGUUAUCCCACCCUCUCUGCCCUAAUGUCCUCUGGCUGAAACUAAAAAUUGGUCAACACAGAUGUCAAACGGUACCAAAUGAUAACGAUUGUAAAUAGCAUUGAUAAUAUUGAUUUAUAAUAUAUUGUUGGUGAAAUGUGCAUAUAUA